AUGUUAAUAGCUGAAAAUUAUCGAACUGUUAGAAGGCAAUCAUCGAAAUUAUUAAAUUUUAACAACAUAGAGAAAAAACAGCGCGAGAGAGGGAAGACAUAUGGAUGUGCUAAAUUUUUAAAUGGAAUAUUUAAUGAUGCCUCUCAAAUUUCCACAGUGCAUGGAAGCCGUAUGAUUUUUAACAAAUCUACAAAAGGUUUUGAAAGAUCCCUCUUCCUCGGCGCCUUUAUUUUUGCCAUUUUCCUAUUGGCUGUUAUAACCUUCAAUAUUUACUAUAUUUAUCGCUAUGAGCCUUUGAGCACCUGCAUAUCAGAUUUGGCUUAUCCUGUGUAUAAAAUUCCCUUUCCCGAAAUAGCCAUAUGCAAUCGAAAUCGUCUUAACUGGCAGCGUUACAAUGAGGCCAAAAUUAAAUUUCUAAAGCGAGAACACCGUACACCAGUGUAUGAAGACUUGUUCAAGGAAGUGGUCAAUGCCUAUGAUACUCUGCGUUUUGGAAGAUUUAACAAUUUUGAGAAUCUCUACCACAACCAUGCACCUCAUCUGUUAAAGCAGCUCAAUUAUGUCAACCUUACCCAAGUGGUAGAACUAAUGGCCUGGAAGUGUGAUGAAAUAUUUUCGAAUUGUUCUUGGCAAAAUAGAACCUUAGAUUGUUGUGAUAUAUUCUCACGCAGACGCUCACAAAAAGGACAAUGUCUCUCAUUUAAUACCAUUGAAUCCGAAGAGGGUGCCAGAAAACAAAAAUUGGAUCGAUUUUAUCCUUGGCAUGGCAUAGGCGGCCCAAGGAGUGGUUUGAAUGUACGCAUACACAUUAGAGAGGGAUGGCAUUCACCUUUAAGCGAAGCUCAUCAUAAAGGAAUUUUGAUUAUGAUGGUAGAGCCUAGCGUCUGGGCUUAUAUACAUCACGAUAUACCCACCAAUACCAGGGUAUAUGCGUCAAUCAGAGCCUUUCUUCAUGUGCAUGAUGAGAAUACCCGCCGCUAUUCAGCAGAAGUGAGAAAUUGUAUGUUUAGGGAUGAACGUGAUAGUGUCUACUUUAAGUCUCUAGCAGGCCGUGACUAUAUGUACGAGAAUUGCCAAUCACAAUGUGAACAAGAGUAUUUAGUGAAAUUUUGCAAUUGUACUGUGGAUAUGUUUUUCCCACCUGGCCAGAGAUAUAGGGCAUGUCGUCUAACCGAUUUACCCUGUCUAUAUCAUCACAAUGUUUACACAGAUCGCUUGCAAUAUUUUCCUCAAAUUGGUGAAUUGGAUUAUGUUGAGAGUUCCGACAACGAACUGGGAUGUCCUUGUCUCUUUAAUUGUCGUUCCCUACAUUACUAUAUGGAUUUUCGCAUUGAACACUUAUCGCUGGACAAUAUCAAUAGCAAUGACACCGGUAUUGAUUUGUCUGUAUUCUAUCAGAGGAACUCGAUAAUGGUGUAUGAGACCUCGGCCAUAUAUCCCAUAGAAAAUUUAAUGGCAUCUGUUGGUGGUCUGGCUGGCUUAUUUAUAGGCUUAUCCUUGGUAGGUGUUACUGAAGUUCUAUAUUUUGGGUUAUUCGAUUUUAUAAAACAAGGACUGCGCUACAUAAGAUUUCCCUGGCGAUUUUCAACAAAGAGAGAUAAGCCCAAGGUUAAAAGAAUUCUUGUACGACGAUCUUUGGAGGGAUAAAUAUUGUUACAAAAUUACAAGUUUUGUUUUUCCAAACUUAAAGUUUUUAGCAUGUUCUUGUAAUAACUUUAAUUGUAUU